GCUUUGGAGAAUAGCUUGACUCCCUCUUCUUUCUUGCAACCCCUGAGAUAUCAGAACACUUUUAUCAUGUCACCUCCUCAACCUUCUUUUCAUCAAACUAGACAAACCCAAUUCCAGCAACCGUUCUUUAUUUGUUUUAGCCUCCAGUCCCCUAAACGUACUUGUUGCUCUUCUCUGCACUCUUUCUAGAGUCUCAGCAUCUUUUUUACACUGUGGUGACCAAAAUUUGGUGCUGCCAUGCAUAGUUUCUGGACUUUGUUGAAACAUCUAUGACAGGGGUGAAAUCCAGCAGGUUCUGACAGGUUCUGGAGAACCACAAGCGGAAAUUUUGAGCAGUUCAGAAAACUGGUAGCAGAAAUUUUGAGUAGUUCAGAGAACUGGCAAAUGCCACCUCUAGCUGGUCCCAGAGUAGAGUGGGAAUGGAGAUUUUGCAAUAUCCUUCCCCAGCAGUGGGGAGAGAAUAGGGAUUUUGCAGUAUCUUUCCCCUGCCACACCCACCAAGCCACACCACGCCCACCAAGCCACGCCCACAGAACCGGUAGUAAAAAAAAUUGGAUUUCACCACUGGUCUAUGACCUCCUGGAAGUUCUGGAUGAUUUUGGAGCCGCUUCUUUGAAGGAUUGUUGCUUCACAACUCACGUGAAGUUCUGUGGAGUAGACAGAAGAACGCAGGAGGACUUUUUCAGCGUUGGCCCAGAUGCCAUGGAAGUGUAGUUAGCUCUCAUAUUAGUUAGCUUUCUGCAAGCUUUAAACACCUGUUAUUUCCAAGUAGAUUUCAAGGACCUGGCAACCUAGUCAUUUUUCAGAUAUAGCUGUGAAUCUGAUUCAGGUUUUGUGCUACGUGGGUUGCAUUCUUCUGACCUUAAUUGUGAGCUAUUCUGAGAGGGCUUUUGGCUGUAAGAAGCCAAAAGUUAUGCAUCUUCAGUUGAAUACCUGCAAAAUGCAUAAAUCUUUAGUUGUAUGCUAUGACUGGGUUGCCAGGUACUUAAAAUCAACUUGGAACUAAAGGAUGUUCAAAGGGCUUUGCAGAAAGCUAGCUUCUAUUCUACUUACUUCAAGGGACUGAACAUUUCAUCUCUGUGAUCAUUGGGGAAAAAAAGGAAUUUAGGAUUUUAAAAGGUCUUGAUUACCUUUCCAGAUAUACAGAUGCUUAAGAAAAAGCAUCUCUUGGAGAAAAUAGCUUUCCUGAUCAUGAACGAAUAUGUCUAGUUUAAUGAAAAGAAGGACUAGGGGUACACCAGAGGUGGGUUUUAGCAGGUUCUGACCAGUUCUGGAGAACCGGUAGCGGAAAUUUUGAGUAGUUCGGAGAACCAGUAGUAAAAAUUCUCACUGGCCCCACCCCCAUCUAUUUUCUGCCUCCCAAGUCCCAGCUGAUCGGGAGGAAAUGGGGAUUUUGCAGUAUCUUUCCCCUGGUGUGGGAUGCGAAUGGAGAUUUUACAGUAUCUUUCCCCUGGAGUGGGGAGGGAAUGGAGAUUUUACAGUAUCCUUCCCCUGGAGUGGGUGGGAAUGGAGAUUUUACAGUAUCCUUUCCCUGGAGUGGGGAGGGAAUGGAGAUUUUACAGUAUCCUUUCCCUGGAGUGGGGAGGGAAUGGAGAUUUUAUAGUAUCUUUCCCCUGAAGUGGGGAGGGAAUGGAGAUUUUACAGUAGCCUUCCCCUGGAGUGGGAUGCGAAUGGAGAUUUUACAGUAUCUUUUCCCUGGAGUGGGGAGGGAAUGGAGAUUUUACAGUAUCUUUCCCCUGGUGUGGGAUGCGAAUGGAGAUUUUACAGUAUCUUUCCCCUGGAGUGGGGAGGGAAUGGAGAUUUUACAGUAUCCUUCCCCUGGAGUGGGUGGGAAUGGAGAUUUUACAGUAUCCUUUCCCUGGAGUGGGGAGGGAAUGGAGAUUUUACAGUAUCCUUUCCCUGGAGUGGGGAGGGAAUGGAGAUUUUAUAGUAUCUUUCCCCUGAAGUGGGGAGGGAAUGGAGAUUUUACAGUAGCCUUCCCCUGGAGUGGGAUGCGAAUGGAGAUUUUACAGUAUCUUUUCCCUGGAGUGGGGAGGGAAUGGAGAUUUUACAGUAUCUUUCCCCUGGAGUGGGGAGGGAAUGGAGAUUUUACAGUAUCCUUCCCCUGGAGUGGGAUGCGAAUGGAGAUUUUACAGUAUCCUUCCCCUGGAGUGGGUGGGAAUGGAGAUUUUACAGUAUCCUUUCCCUGGAGUGGGGAGGGAAUGGAGAUUUUACAGUAUCCUUUCCCUGGAGUGGGGAGGGAAUGGAGAUUUUACAGUAUCCUUCCCCUGGAGUGGGUGGGAAUGGAGAUUUUACAGUAUCCUUUCCCUGGAGUGGGGAGGGAAUGGAGAUUUUACAGUAUCUUUCCUCUGGAGUGGGGAGGGAAUGGAGAUUUUACAGUAUCCUUCCCCUGGUGUGGGAUGCGAAUGGAGAUUUUACAGUAUCUUUCCCCUGGAGUGGGGAGGGAAUGGAGAUUUUACAGUAUCCUUCCCCUGGAGUGGGUGGGAAUGGAGAUUUUACAGUAUCCUUUCCCUGGAGUGGGGAGGGAAUGGAGAUUUUACAGUAUCUUUCCCCUGGAGUGGAGAGGGAAUGGAGAUUUUACAGUAUCCUUUCCCUGGAGUGGGGAGGGAAUGGAGAUUUUACAGUAUCCUUUCCCUGGAGUGGGGAGGGAAUGGAGAUUUUACAGUAUCUUUCCCCUGGAGUGGGAUGGGAAUGGAGAUUUUACAUUACCCUUCCCCUGCCACACCCACCAAGCCACGCCCACAGAACCGGUAGUAAAAAAACUUGAAACCCACUACUGGGAUACAUGAGAGCAGUGUGCCACUAUCUAAGGGGCUGCCACAAAGAGGAGGAGGUCAAUGUAUUCUCCAAAGCACCUGGAGACAGAAGCAGCAGCAUUGGAUGGAAGCUAAUCAAGGAGAGAAGCAACCUAGAACUAAGGAGAAAUUUUCUGACAGCAAGAACAAUUAAUCAGUGGAACAGCUUGCCUCUAGAAUUUGUGGAUGCUCCAUCACUGGAGAUUUUAAAGAAAAGAUUGGAGAACCAUUUGCCUGAAAUGGUAUUGGAGUUUCCUGCUUGAACAGGGAAUUGGAUUAGAAGGCCUCCAAGGUCCCUUUUAACUCUGUUAUGCUGUUAAUAACACCAGGAGCCCCUAUUAUGGGCUUGCAAUUCCUGCUUGCACAAUUUCUAAUGGGGUGUUUUUGUUGAUAGGGAUGUAAAAAUUAAGCAGCUCACAAUCAAACAUGAGAUUGCUUUAAUACCCGGAGAACAAAAACAAUCUGUAGAAGGUAAAUAUUUCCUCUCCAAUGACCAGGACUGAAGUGAAUCACGAACCUUAAACGUCUCUUAGAAGUAAUCCACAACACCUAUCAUUUAUUACGUGCUGCUGUACUUCGUCAAGCUGGCAAAACUGUUUGUAAAUGAAAACAGCUGCAUGUUUAUCCAAAACUAUUUUGAUCUAAUUUUAGGCAGGGUGGUGACAUCAUGGUCAAAAAGAAGCCAAGCUGAUAACCCAACUCACCACUUCGUUGCUUGUUUAUUGAUUGAAUUAUGGGUUUUUUUAGGUCUUGCCUACUAACUAGAGCAGCGGUUCUCAAACUGUGGGUCGGGACCCCGUUGGGGGUCGAAUGACGAUUUGCCAGGGGUCGCCUAAGACUAUCGGAAAUAUGGGAAGUAUACUUGCGAGUUGAAGAAUCGCGCUCCAGGGGUUGACUCCACAAGCCAGCUGCAGGCUCUUCAAAUCGCUAGCCGAAUUCGGCUUCAGGCGCAAUGAAUUAAAAAAGAGAGAAAAUCUUUGCUCUGAUGUCUCCCUCUCAAGCCAGCUGCAAUCACUCCCAAUCGCUUUAUAAGGUAGGUAAAAUGAGGACCCAGACUGUUGGGGGCAAUAAGUUGACUUUGUAUAUAAUAUACAAAUGGAUAAAGACUAUUGCCUAACAUAGUGUGUAAGCCGCCCUGAGUCUUCAGAGAAGGGCGGGAUAUAAAUGCAAAUAAAAUAAAAUAAAUGCAAAUGAUAUAAAUGAUAUGCAAAUGAUAUAAAUGCAAAUAAAAAAAAUAAAACAAACCGCUAGCCUAAUCUGGCUUCAGGCGCGAUAAACUUAAUAGGGGAGGAGUCUCCGCUUUAAUGCCUCCGUCCUCAAGGCAAUCGCAAGCAGUUCAGAUCGCUAGCCAAUACGGCUUCAGGCGUGAUAAAUUAAAAAAAAACAAUUUGCCACUUUUUUUCCCCUUCUGCGGCUGCUGAGGUGUGCUGAGGUGCACUGAGAUCGCUGAGAUCACCGCGAUUACGGUUGGGGUCGCCACAUCGUGGGAAAUUGUAUUAAAGGGGGUCACAGUACUAUAAAGAUUGAGAACCACUGAACUAGAGUUUUGAGAAGGCUUGGUGGGCAGCUUCAGUACAACAAAGUAGGCAAGAAUUAUUAGGAUGUAUAUGAUUUCCCCAGAUGUUUUAACUGCUAUCCUGCUUCUGAGUCCCUGUGUCAUCUAUAGAUGUAAGGUGGGAAUCAUGUUAACCUUAAGAUAUUUGAAGACUAAUCUGUAAAUCUCUGCAUUCGAUCGAUGCCGAGCCAAUCCAUUGCGUGUGAUGUGACGUAUUUGUAUUUGACAUGACGAUUCAUCAAGGCUCGGCACAAUCCGGAGAGAUACGAUUAUGAGACACAUGCGCUCCGCACAGGAGAAUUGUUUUGAGAGAGUGCACCACGCACAAGAGCGCGCCACGCGCAAGUGGCUUUGUUUACUUCUUACCGAAACACGACACGGCACACACGCACGCAUUAGACUCCCUUCUUUCUCAGUAAAUAUUCAAUCAUACACAGGUGCUCUGGAGAACAGCCCGACUCCCACUUCUCUGUGGCAGCCCCUGAGAUAU